UGAGAUCAGCCUUGACCGAUCUCUGCUGACGGUGGAAGCAUCUCCGACGCCUGUAAUAUGUGGUUGGCUAUGGCCGAUGGGUGAUUGAGGUCUUCUUGGCUGUCCUCUAAUGGGGAACUUCUGCGGGGGCUCUGCUAAGCUGGCAAACGCUUCCUCUCCUUAUGCUUCAAAGAAUCCACUGUCCAGCAUAAAUAAUUUUAGUUCAAGUAAGUCAACGACAACUUAUGAUUCAUCAUUCAAAAGCAAGCCAUCAACUACUGCCAGUCUUCAGUCCUUCAGCUUGAGCGAUUUUGAGACUGCAGCUGAAAGUUUCAACAAGGGAGAUGCAUCGACCACUGUCAGUCUGAAGUCCUUUAGCUUGAAUGAUCUCAAGACCGCUACUAAAAAUUUCAGCUCCAAUUCAUAUCUAGGCGAAGGAGGUUUUGGGUGUGUCUUCAAAGGAUGGAUCGAUGAGCUUACCUAUGCUCCCACUAGACCAGGAGUUGGCAUCAUUGUUGCCAUCAAGAAACUCAAACGAGAAAGCUUUCAGGGGCACAAGGAAUGGCUUGCAGAAAUUACCUACUUGAGUCAGCUUCGCCAUGAAAAUCUAGUUAAAUUGAUAGGCUACUGCUCGGAGUCAAACAACAAGCUUCUUGUCUAUGAGUAUAUGCAGAAAGGCAGCUUGGAGAACCAUUUAUUCAAAAGAGGGGUGCAGCCUAUUCCUUGGUCGGUAAGAGUGAAGGUUGCCAUCGAUGUAGCUCGAGGAUUGUCGUUCUUGCAUGGUUUAGAGACCCAAAUUAUAUUCCGUGAUUUAAAGGCUUCAAAUGUUCUCCUUGACUCGGAUUUCAAUGCUAGAUUGUCAGAUUUUGGCUUAGCUAGGAAUGGUCCUACUGGAGACAAGAGUCAUGUUUCAACCCGGGUGGUUGGAACUCGUGGCUAUGCUGCUCCUGAGUACAUUGCUACAGGUCACUUGAGUUUGAAGAGUGACAUCUACAGCCUUGGAGUGGUGUUGUUAGAACUCUUAUCAGGGAAGCGAGCACUCGAUGAAGAUAAUGGAUCCAGAGAGAAGAUACUGGUGGACUGGGCGAAGCCAUUCCUAAAUGAUAAAAGAAAGAUGCUAAGGGUCAUGGACACAAGACUGGAAGGACAGUACUCGAAGAAGGAAGCCCAAACAAUUGCUGCUCUUGCCUUGCAGUGCCUCCAUGCAGAUCCCAGGAUCAGACCCAACAUGACACACAUUCUUCCAGCAUUAGAACAGCUCCGGGCACCUAAAGACACACCUCGCAUGUAUUCAAGAGCCUAAUGCUACUCUCAUUGUGAUGUGCAGACUGCAUGUUCUGGUGUUUCAGACGGUUUCUCGGCAACAAGGAUAACUUCGAAUAUAAGAGCCAUGGUCAGAUACAAGAAUUGCAUUGUUCGAUAGCUUGGUUAUCCGUGUCAUUUGUGUUUUUCAGUUACCAGUUGUUGUUGUACAUCAAAGCCGAUAAAUAGUAUGUAAAUUUGUCAGCUAAUUUUUGUUCAUUAUGUUAUCAUGUGAAGUAAA